CAGAAUUUAAGCGCAGCCGAAAUGAUCCUCGCUACAACAGCCAGGCAAUGAUGGCGCAGACACUUCAGCAGUUAAGAAUAGAACGCAAAACAGCUUCGUCAAUGCAGCACAGCCCGACUCGACCCACUAGGCGCCAUUGUGAUCCAAGCGCCUGAGCUUGUUUUCUCUUCGUCUCUGUUUAUUAUAAGCAAGGAACAUGUGCCAAACUCCGCACUUUGCUUCUAUCAUUGUUGUCUCUCCGCUCGCCUGUUCCUCUCCCACGCAGUCUUCGUCCUCCUACCUGCGAUCCGUCGGCUAAGUUGCCGGUUCCUGGAUGUGUCUCCGUAUCGACAAUUUCAGUGGAUUUGAUUAGCUAUUCGGGAGACUUGAGAUCAGGAAUUGAGAACUGGAGUUCGUGGAAGUUAUAACUUAUACUUCGGCUUUAACGGCGUCUUGUUACCUAAGAGAAAGACAAAUAUUCAUAGUGAAAAGAAAGAUAAAAAAAAGGGGGGUGGAAACGAAAGAAAAGGAUCUGCCUGUGGCUUUUUCUUUUGCCGGAUUGCCUCCUGCUUACGCUCACUCAACUUCGUUCUUUCAGCCCCUGUCUUCCACAUACCUCUCCUACGAUCUACGAUGGGUUGGCCAGUCUGCAAUGAGACGGUAGAACAUGAUAAGAGUGCGCUUCUCUCCGUCUUCCGGGUUUCUGUACUCAACCACCCCUUUGCUAAUUCGGUCGCAACACAGUCAUCGAGGAUGAUCUUUGGGAUGGUGGGAUUACAUUUCAUCGUCUGAGCAUCUUCAUUGCCGGCGGCUUCGGCGCGUUGGCUUGCGCGGUGUCGUUUUUCCUGAUUAUGUGUCACGCAACACAUUAUAGCAAACCGUCAGAGCAACGAUAUAUUAUCCGCAUUCUAUGGAUGAUCCCCAUCUACUCCGUGGUCGCAUGGCUCAGCAUCUACUUCUACCGAAAAAGUGUCUAUUUCGGGGUUCUCGGAAAUUGCUACGAGGCUUUCACGAUCGCUGCCUUCUUCUCCCUCCUAUGUUACUACCUCGCGCCGGAUCUGCAUAUGCAAAAGGAUUACUUCCGUGCAAUCAAACCGAAGACUUGGGUCUGGCCGUUAACUUGGCUUGCAAGGUGUUGCGGUGGUGAGAGGGGCUGUUGGAGGACGCCGCGAAGCGGACUGACUUGGUUUAAUAUCAUUUGGGUCGGCGUUUUUCAAUAUUGUCUCGCGCGAGUCUCCAUGACCAUCGUUUCUGUCAUCACGGAAGCCAAUGGUAGAUAUUGCGAGGAGAGCCUGAAUCCUGCUUUCUCGCAUGUUUGGGUGAUGUGUAUCGAGGCUGCUUGUGUUACCAUCGCAAUGUACUGCCUGAUCCAGUUUUAUAUCCAGAUAAAAGAUGAUAUCAGCCAGUAUUCCCCGUUUAUGAAAAUCCUAUCGAUAAAGCUGGUUAUUUUCCUGUCUUUCUGGCAGACGACGCUGAUUUCGUUCCUUGUCUCUUCGGGUGCAAUCAAAGCUACAAAAACGGUGGGAACGACGGACUUGAAAGUCGGAAUCCCAAACCUACUUAUCACCAUCGAAAUGGCCUUAUUCUCGUUCCUACACCUUUUCGCGUUCGCCUGGAAACCUUACACCAUCAGUGACUCCAUGGACCCCUACGUGGGCCGUGAAGUGACGUAUUACGGAGGUCCAUUCGGCAUCAAAGCGAUUAUAGAUUCCUUCAAUCCCUGGGAUCUUGUGAAGGCCACUGCGCGCAGCAUCCGCUGGUUGUUCGUGGGCCGGAAGAAGAGGAUGUUGGAUCCGAGCUACCAGAGACCCGACGACUCGAUCAGCCUCAGGAACGGACAAGGCAUGCCUAGUACCUCUAUUCCAGGCACCAACGUAACCGCCUACGGAGGUGCAGGCGCCGUCAUGUCGGGAGGCCGCUACGGCGGCGAAGAAGAACAGGUUCUUCUGGCCCAUGCCCAAGCGGAGCCAACUUCGUAUGCGAUGCACUCGACCGGUGAUCUAGGAAUGGCGUCUUAUGAUAGCGACAGGCCCUUAUACCACGAUUCGCCGCCUGAUUCUCGACCAUUCAAUACGGCGCCGGUGCAUUCAGGGCAACAAUCCUCGUCUUACUACCCACCAGCACCCCUGGAAUCAAAUGCAGGUUAUGGACACGACUAUCCGUCUUACCCUUACCCAUCACCGUACCGGCCACCGCCACACGAAGAUAGAUGACGAGAAGAGUAAAAUAAGACUGUUGCUAUUUUCAUUUUUCUCCCAUUAUAUACCAUUCAUGGAGUUUUUAUGAUAUCCCGGUCCUUUUUUUUAUCCUCGUUGUUUCUCCCGGCCGUUAUAUAUGGGGAAUGGAUAUUAUGUCUGCAUAUUAUGUAUAUCUAUUAUUUAACGAUGCAUGUAUUGUGUCUUUAUUUAUAAAGAAAUUACUCGCUCCGGUCAUUUGUUUGUUCAUGGCUAUUGUUUCUCUUUCUUUCUCUUUUUUCCUUUUUAUCAUUAUUUUUCUUCUCUUUCUUUCAAGGGUAAUGAGCCGUGAUACCCAUGAAAUUCUACAUUGUGGCGCAGAAUAUUUUAAUGAUUGGAUUAGGAGGCAAAUAAAUAAGGUAAAUCAUUCAAUCAAUA